GUGACCUUCGCGGCUCGUGUGCCUCGCUUUGCGGUCAAUUGACGCCGCACACGACCGCGAGUGAUCGAGGGAUGGCGUGAUGCGAGAUUGCUCAGCGGAGGCCUAUCCAUCAGCUUCGAGGAGGCGAUAGCGUCGACGAAAAGUAGAAUAUCAGGACACUGGCUCGUACGCGCCUUGCUUUCCUGUCGCACUACCAUCUCCCCGUCAUGUCCGCAGCCAACAGCUCGCGGCCUGAGCCUCACGAUGCCCUCAUCGUCGAAGGCGGCAACGCGUUGACUGAUUCGCAGCGCGCCGACUCGUCGAUCAAGAGCGAAGGUAGCACCGAGAGUAAAGGCGAACGCAGCGAGGCGCCAAUGCCCUACAUUCCUCCCCUAGCCCCAGACGACGAUUGCGAACCACACUCCGUCUCCUCCCUCUUCUCCCGACAUCGCGCCGCCAACCUCGACGGCAUCGCGACGCGCCGCUCAGUCUUCGACGACCCCUCAUUCGCUUCGGCGUACACGCCCCACCCUCAGUGGGAGGGCAACUCUCGCCUCGACCCCUUGUGUCGCUGGACGUAUCGCGAGGAACGCUCCCUGAUCCGCAAGCUCGACUGGCGCAUCCUAGCCCUCGCCUUUGUGAUGUUCUUUGCUAUGGACCUCGAUCGAGAGAACAUUGCCCAGGCCAAUAGCGAUGGAAUGUUGCGCGACCUGGGGCUGAGCACGGCAGACUAUAAUCUAGGCCAGACGCUCUUUCGUGUGGGAUUUCUGCUCGCCGAGCUACCCAGCCAGAUGGUGGCUAAGCGCGUGGGGGUGGACAGGUGGGUACCCAUCCAACUCAUCGCCUGGUCUGCCUUCUCGAUAGCUCAAUUCAGCAUGCGCUCUCGAGCCUCAUUCCUGACGUAUCGCACGCUCAUCGGCAUCUUCUCCGGCGGCUUCAUCCCGGAUAUGGUGCUGUGGCUCUCCUACUUCUACACCAGUCGCGAAAUGCCCGCACGCCUCACCAUCUUCUGGCUCUCCAACUACCUCGUCAAGAUCCUGGGCCCAUUCGCCGCACUAGGCUUGCUCAAGCUCCGCGGCUACGGCGGUUACGCAGGGUGGCGCUACCUCUAUGCGGUGGAGGGGUUAUUUACGCUCCUCGUGGGGGUGUUUGCCCUCUUCCAUAUGCCUGCCGGGCCUACGCAGUCGCGCAAUUGGCUCUAUCCCCGCGGGUGGUUCAGCGAGCGACAAGAGACAAUCAUGGUCAAUCGCGUACUGCGGGACGAUCCGACAAAGGGGGACAUGCACAACCGUCAGGGUAUCGAUUGGCCGGCCUUUAAGCGCUGCCUCCUAGACUACGAUCUGUGGCCCAUGUAUGCGCUUGGCUUCACCUUCCUCAUCGCCUCGAUCCCCGUCCAGCAGUACCUCACGCUCGAGCUCAAGCGACUUGGCUUCACCACAUCAGUCACCAACGCACUCUCCAUUCCAGGCCCGGCACUGGCUGUUCUGAUCAUGAUGAUCCCGCCCAUCGUGAGCGAGAGGCUCAAUCACCGCACCUUUGUGUGCGCAACGGAGAACCUCUGGUCCAUCCCCUGCUACGUAGCGCUUUUCCUGCUCCCCGCAAGCGCCAGUCCCUGGGUCUACUGGGCUAUCGCGACGCUCCAACUCGGCGCGCCGUACGUUCAACCCCUCCAGGUAGCCUGGAUAGCUCGCAAUGCCGGUAGCGUAGCCAAUCGCUCCGUCUCCGCUGCGGUGUACAACGUCGCCGUCCAGCUCGGCGUCAUUGUUGGCGUCAACGUCUACCAGCCCAGCGAUGCUCCCGAGUAUCGACGGGGCAAUCUGGCAAUGGCGCUGCUCUGCUCGGGGGUACUGCUCCAGUACAUCGGGGUCUACCUCUACUAUCGCUGGCGCAAUGCGAGCAAGGCGAGGCUGUGGGAUCAGAUGACCAGGGAGGAGAGGGUGGCCUACCUCGACGCGAACAAGGAUGCGGGGAACAAGAGUCUGGCAUUUCGAUUCGCCCUCUAA